UAAAUUCAUAUAAACUUGUCUCCUAAUAAUAAUUUAUAAAUAAUUGAUUAACACCGUCUAUUAUAACUGAAUUACAGACGACUGUUAAUAUUAAAAUGCACUAAAAUAAUGAAGCACGUUAAUAUUUUUUUUACUGACAUUUGGAUGUACAUUGGUAAAGUGUCUACCAAAAUAACUGUAAUCUUAUGUUUUUUAAAAAUAUUUUAUUAUAGUUUAAUUAAGGCAUAGGAGGCUGUAAAUUGCCAGCGUCUGAUAUAGAAUAUACUCAUUUUAUUAAGAUUUAUGAUUUUCAGUGAAAUUGCUUUAAAAUCUGGUGUACAUACAGCAUCAGUAAAUGCUAAGUUCUGCAUUCCAAUGUUAUCAGACGUAUUCACAGGUAAUUAGUGCGACAAAAAAUCCAAAUCCGGGUCCUGCUCCUUUUAUUAGCACAGCUUGUCACGCUAACCCUAACCUGUAUGAAUUUAAAUAAGCAAACGGACUCUCUCUUUCACAGACCCUCAUUUUUUUAAAAUACGGAUAAUCCACAGAGAAGGAUAACACAGUGUUAGCAUAACUGGAUAGAAAUGUUCGAUACCCUGUAUGUACACGUAUAUGUACCCCGUAUGCACGUGUAUUAUUUUGGACACGUCCAAAUGGAUGUUGCAUUGGGACAGUCAUUCUACAGAAAUACGACAUACAUUACUUUCAUUACUUAAUACUCUGAUUUUGUCAAUCCAUUAUUAUCAUAUUAUGAAAUGUCAUUUUUUUUUCAAAUCAUCAACUGUCCCAAGAUUAUCGAAAAUCAAAUUCGUUUAACGAAAAAAUUUCAGACUUUAUUUGGGCUUUUACCGCCUGUGGUGAAAUUUUUGUACGAGAAUAAAUUAAAGUUGACCAAGUGAAAUGAAACAUUUUUUUUGUGAAAUAACAAAGUUAUUUUUGUUAUAAUAAUCUGUUUAAGUCUCAGUCUUCUUCAAGCGGUGUUUUCAUGGAAGAAUGCCAUCUUUGUGGAAUUCCUUGCAACAACAGCAACAACAACAGCAAAAAAUAGUUUUAAUAGAUAUUUUAUUUCAGUUUCUCUUUGAACUUUUAAAUUAAUCGCGUAUAUGUACGUGUUUAUAUGUUUACAUUAUAUGUUGCUGAUUUUAGGUGUCCAAAGAAACAGGAACAAUGUCAGCCAGGCAGAUUUUGUCAAUAUUACUGUUUCUCGCUAUCAUUAACGUUGCGUAUGCGGUACUGUGCUAUCAGUGCAACAGCCGUGACCACCCAGACUGUGGGGACGACCCUUUCAGUGGACUUAACUUAACCACGACCAUGUCCUGUGUCCGAUGUAAGAAGUGGAAACGAUUACAAGAUGGAUCAACAUAUAUCGAACGUGGCUGUGAUACUUCAGGGAGAUGGUCAUACAUAAACGGCUGCUUAUAUAAAUACAAAAGUGGCAGCACUGCGUUUAGCGGAUCCCGGAGUGGACCAAACACAGGCGCCAUGCCUUGGAUCUCGGGGACCGAGAAUCACGAAUGUUACUGCGAUACUAGCCUAUGUAAUCGAGGCUCUGACCUUCACACUAAGGUCACCUUUGUCGCCAUUCUAGCGUUUUUCAUCAGCGUUUUUGGUCUGUUCUAAGUUAAUGUUCAUUUUGUAUAUAACCUUCAUAGUGUUGUAUGAGUACAUGUACUGGUGUUACGAAACUGAGGGUCCGCGUAACAGAAAGUCUGCCCUUCAUAUACAGUGUACUGUAAUUACAGUGGUGAGGGUUAGUCUGACCUGAGUGGGUCAAAAUCUAGGGCGAAAUCAUGGUGCAAAUAAUGGGAAGCGAACAAUCUCUAUCAUGGUUGGACUCUCUGUCUCCCUACACCGGCACAUGUGUACAUAUAUGAUUUAGGGCGCAUUCCCAUAGAUUUUAGAUCGAUCUAUCCCCGUGGGGAGUCUCACUAGAUUACUGUCAGAUAAUCCG